CGCGCACCACUACCCAGCACGACCUGCAGACCACCCAGCACGAUAAGCGAGCAGCCUGUGCACACGAGCGCAAGAGUCCGGUCGUCAAGACAACCGAUGGCGAAGGAGGCGGCGGCGGAGCAGCAGGAGCAGGGGCAGUGGCAGGGCGCGGUGGAGGCCCGUCUGCCGUCGACCCCGGCCUCCGCUGCGUGGCCGCACAUCGCCAGCUUCUGCGCGCUGCAUCGGUACCUCCCGGGCAUCGACCUCUGCGAGCGCGCGGCGGGCGCCGACGGCCAGCCCGGCUGUGUCCGCUACUGCGCUUCCUUCGCGCCGGGCACCGAGGAGGUCGCCAGGUGGGCGCGCGAGGAGCUGCUGGAGCUGGAUGACGCCACGCGCCGCCUCGACUACGCCGUCGUGGGCAGCAGCAUCGGGUUCGGCCGCUACGUCGCCAGCAUCACGGUCGUGCCCGAGGAGGAGGAGGGGGAGGGAUGCAGGCUGGUGUGGGCUUUCGAGUGUGAGCCCGUGCAGGGGUGGAGCCGGGACGGCCUCGUCGGGUACCUCGACGGCGCCAUCAAGGGCAUGGCCGCGCGGAUCGCCGCCGCCGCAGCCGAUCGUGCAGGAGGAGACGUCGCUGCCUGAUGAUGCUCCGGCUAUCUAGAGUAAUAUAUCAACGACCGCCUAUCUACCUAAUGCAUUGUUAAUCACGUACUACUUACGUCUCUACCUACCGAGAUUACUUGUCAGUACUUCUUAAUUCUACGCACGUCGUGAUCAGUUGAAACUUGAAAGAUACAUGGUUAUCGGUUUACUCU